AUGACAAUUCUUCUGAUUGCAGAACACGACAACGCAACCCUUUCCGACCAGACCGCCAAGGCGCUGAGCGCCGCCAAGGACAUUGGCGGCGACGUGCAUGUGCUGGUCGCAGGCCAGGGCGCGCAGGCAGCUGCCGAUGCCGCCGCCAAGCUGGAUGGCGUCGCCAAGGUGCUGCUCGCCGAGGAUGCAUCGCUCGAACAUCAACUCGCCGAGCCGAUGGCGGCGCUGAUCGCCGGCCUUGCCGGCGACUAUGACGUGCUGAUCGCGGCGGCGACCACCAACGGCAAGAACAUCAUGCCGCGCGUGGCCGCCCUGCUCGAUGUGAUGCAGAUUUCCGAGAUCACCGAAGUGGUCUCCGCCGACACGUUCAAGCGGCCCAUCUAUGCGGGUAACGCGAUCCAGACCGUCCAGUCGUCGGACGCCAAGAAGGUGAUCACCGUGCGGACGGCCUCCUUCAACGCGGCGGGCGAGAGCGGCAGCGCCAGCGUCGAGACCAUCGAUGCGGCCGCCGAUCCGGGCCUUUCGUCCUAUGUGUCGACCGAACUGUCGGGCGGCGACCGGCCGGAACUGACAUCGGCCAAGAUCAUCAUCUCGGGCGGCCGGGCGCUGGGCUCGUCGGAGAAGUUCGAGGAAGUCAUCCUGCCGGUCGCCGACAAGCUGGGCGCCGCCGUCGGUGCAUCGCGCGCCGCGGUCGACGCGGGUUAUGCGCCGAACGACUGGCAGGUUGGCCAGACGGGCAAGGUGGUCGCGCCCGAACUCUACAUCGCCGCUGGUAUUUCAGGGGCGAUCCAGCAUCUGGCCGGCAUGAAGGAUUCGAAGGUCAUUGUCGCCAUCAACAAGGACGAGGACGCGCCGAUCUUCCAGGUCGCCGACUAUGGCCUCGUCGCAGAUCUCUUCGACGUCCUGCCGGAACUCGAAAAGGCGCUCUGA